AUGGCUAAACAAUUGUACAAUAACGCAUUAAAAGAUUAUAACAAUUAUCAAACAUGUAAUUCAACUUAUUUUACUUACUUAAAUACUUUAAAAGCUAUUUCAAAACAAGGGUUUUUUGUCAGAGAAUUUUCUAUUAAUUUAUUGGUUAAUCCUGACCGUAAAUUUUGGUUAAAUCAUCAUAAUAAUAGUAAAAAAGAUUUCUGGAAUUAUAUUCAAUCUGUAUAUGGACUUGUAAAAAAUGAAACACAUGGAAAAUGUUCUGUUCAUGAAACCUUUGAAGAAACUAAAAUUAAAAUUACAGAGAAGCAAUUAAAUUAUAUUGAUAGUUAUACUGGAUUUUGUAGAUUUCCUGAUAGAGCUAAAUAUAUGUUUAGAACAUCGAUUUAUUUUACAAUUAUAAAUCAAAUUCCUGAAAAUACAAAACCGAAAAACAUGAUGAUUGAUAAUGAUGUUAAAAUUGAAAAUGAAGAUUAUUUAGUUAGCACUCCAUCAUAUGAAGAAGGAGAAAUUGUAGAAAGAAUUUAA